AUGUCCUAUCUCUCCCCCUGCACGCUGAACCCACCGCCCGGCUGCAUAAACUGGGACCACCAGGCCCUGCACCCCCCGCCCUGGGUGUUGACCAUCCUGCCGCCGACCACCCGCGAACUCAUCGACCGCUGCUACCUACUCGCCUACAGCAGCCUACGCGUCCAACGCCAUGUGGAACUCUGCUUCGCUGCUCGCUACAAAUCCCUGUGCCCUGGUGCUUUUACCAGCUCCAGCACCGAUCCCUCCACCAACCCCACAACACCAGCAGCGGAACCAACCCCAGCUACAGCAUCCGCAGCAGCAACAACACCAGACCCCAACCCAGACUCCGACCCCGAUCCCAACCCGCAACCAAAAUCAGGACACAACCCCGUUCUCCUAAUAACGCACGCCCAAUCCAUCGACCGCCUCUUCAACUGGCGCCGCGACUACAUCCCGGGCAACCCGACGCUGGCGCCGUCGGCCAAGAUCCCGCGGUCCGCGGUGCGGUUCCACGUCGACCGGGCGGCGUUUGCGGCGUACGCGGCGCGGUACACGGCGCUGCUGGACAUGUACCUGACGACGUACUAUCGGCGGUAUCGGGAGGCGGUGGGGGCGGUGGAGCGGUCGAUCGUGCUUCUCAGGAGCGGUAGCGGUACAGGCAGAAAUCAAGGGGGGGAAGCUGGGCAGGGGGAAGGUGGCAGGGACGGGGACAAGGACACUGAGAAAGCGCGCGAGAUGCGGGAACUCGACUGCCGGCAGCUGGAGUGGUGGUGGGGGACGGUGUUUCUGCGGGAGAUGAUGCGGUGGGAGAGUCGGAUUCCGUUGCUGCGGAUGCCGGCGUUCGAGGUCGUUAUUGGGGAGGUGUAUGAGGCUGUGAGGGGGGCGGUGGAGGAGGGGGAGGAGGAGGUUGUUUGGGAGGAGCGGGGGUUUGGGGGAUAUGAUUUGAAUUGUGGGCGUUAA